UUUGCCAAGCAUUUAGAAUGUGUUUAUCACACAGUGCUAAGUUCUGCUGAAGACUUGGUUAUUGCAGGAAUAAUUUUUUAUUUGAAUUAGCUAACAUUCAAAUAAUUGUCUUCGCACAGAACAGAUGACUGAAAAAUGGGAAUCAUAAUAUGUGGUAAAUAAUUGCACAAACAUGAAAACUGUGGAUACACAAGAUAUACUACAGUAUUCAUGUUAUACACAUUGGUGAAACUACCACCAUACUAUCACUGUAAGAGGCAAAGUGUGCAUUUGUGAUGUACUGUAAAUUCAUAAUUCCCAGUUACAACUAGUGGAAUCUGAUCAGCCCUUUAGUCAAGACUUAAUCGUGAAAAACAUAUAUCUCUUGUGAGACUUUACUGAGCUGUGUCAGUCACCAUAUGAGAGCUUUUACAUCAUCUUAUGUAGAAUCAGGAUGCGGUAAUAUAAAAUGCUGUAGUGUUGCUGUGGUACUCUUUAGGUGUUGUAUUUCUCUCUGUAUGGAAUGUCUCUCAGAGCAAUGAUGUGCAGACAUCUCCAGUGAUCCUGUUCCUCUCUACUCCCACUUACAAGCCCCUACUGUGAAAUGGAGAUGUACUGCCUGGACUCUCUUUCCAACAUCUCAGAACAGCACGGCAUGUUCUGUAACAUCACGUUGCUAAACGUCACAGGAAAUGACUCUGGGACCAAAUCCAUCGAGGACCUCCUACUGGAAUUUCUAGGGCCGAAGCGUUCUCCCGUCUUCCUCCCUAUCACCCUGGUUUACCUGCUCAUCUUCUUUCUUGGCGUGUCUGGCAACCUUCUCACAUGCGCAGUGAUUUCCAAACACAAGAAGAUGCGUACCACCACCAACCUGUUCCUGUUCAGCCUGGCUGUGUCGGACCUCCUUGUGCUCCUCUUUGGGAUGCCCCUGGAGAUCUACGACAUGUGGCAGAACUACCCCUUCCCAUUCGGCGAGGGAGUCUGCUACUUCAAGAUUUUCCUCCUUGAGACCGUCUGCUUCGCUUCCAUCCUAAAUGUGACAGUGCUGAGUGCGGAGAGGUACAUCGCCGUGGUCCAUCCACUAAAAAUACGCUAUGUCUCCACCAACAAGCAUGCCAAGCAUGUCAUCAGUGCCGUAUGGGUGGUGUCCCUGGUCUGUGCCAUCCCCAACACCUCCCUGCAUGGCAUCUACUACUUGAAUCUCCCGGAGAAGGUGGCAGAGUCAGCCAUAUGCAGUUUGAUAGGGGCCCCGUGGAUCUAUAACCUGGUGAUCCUGAUCACCACUGCGUGCUUCUAUAUUGUGCCCAUGACGGUGAUGAGCGGUCUGUACCUAGUGAUGGGCAUCCAGCUGGGCAGGGAGCGACACCUUUCCCAGGGAACGAUGAGGAAGAACUGUAGCACCAACACCAACUGGAGAAUCCACGUAGAGCGAGGGCGUAGGAGACAAGCCACCAAGAUGCUUGCUGUGGUCGUGCUGGUGUUUUCCAUCUGCUGGGCGCCUUUCCAUAUCGACCGGCUCUUGUGGAGCUGCAUCAUGCAGUGGUCUGUCUGGACAGACCUCAACCAAACUGUGUACCAGUGUGUGCACCUCCUUUCCGGCAUCCUCUUCUACCUCAGCUCUGCAGUCAACCCCGUUAUCUACAACAUGCUCUCCACACGCUUUCGGGAAUGCUUCUGGGAUCUUAUCUGCAGACAUACGAAAGACACCACCUCUAGAAAAGACUGCCCACCCUUCGCCAAAAUCCUGCUGGUUCCCUCUGGCCCAGUUCCUAAUUCCCAGGCCAGUCCCAGGGACCACAACUCCCUCACUUCCCUGUUAUCUCCAAUUGGGACUGGGAGCACAGAGAUCACAACACUGACAUGUGAACAUUCCUGUGUGGUAGACUCUGACUUCACUGCUACUGCUUUUUAAUCAUAUUUAAUAU